GGACGUCGUUUGCCGGCUGAAUAAUUACCGUCAAAAAGGGGAAACUAAAAAGAUACGUGAACCUAUUACUCAUGGAGGAUUUUCUGACUGGACUUUGAUUCUGACUAGACACUCAAAUGAUGGGCCCACUUACAAAACCGAGAAAUCCACGGCUAACCAAAAACGAAGACGUUUUGGUCUCUCUCUUCUGGUUCUAGGGUUCUCAUCUAUCCCCUAUUCCUACGGUGAGACAGAGACACCAAAUGAAGUUACACAUAAUUCACUUCAAGCGAAAACAAAAUUUUGAAUCUUAGCCUACUUUGAAUUCAGCUAGGAUUUUAGGGGAAAAAAAAAAGCUUUAUUUAUGGAGGUAACGGCCACAAAGAAAAUUAUAGCUAUAUGUCAAUCGGGUGGUGAAUUUGUAACGAAUAAAGAUGGGUCGUUGUCUUAUAACGGGGGCGAAGCGUACGCAAUAGAUAUUGAUCAACAAACAGAGUUGAGUGAUUUCAAGGCAGAAGUAGCUGAGAUGUUUAAUUGUAGCGUUGAUACCAUGUCUAUUAAGUACUUUCUUCCUGGGAACAAGAAGACUCUUAUCAGCAUCUCUAAAGACAAGGAUUUCAAGCGCAUGCUUAAUUUUCUUGGGGACACUUUAACGGUCGAUCUCUUCAUCCUGUCCGAGGAGGCUGCAGCUCGAAACGUCUCGAAUAUGCCUGCUAGUAGGUCAAGCAGAACAACUGUCUCAGAAGCUGUUGUUCCUGUUGUUGCUCCUGUUGAUAUUGCAGUUGACAUGGGCAAUGCCAUUGAUCGGGUUGAUAUGAAUGUACCUGAGGAAAUCCCUGUACUUGCUGUUCCAAUUGGCUUCAGUGAUGACAAGAAUCGUAAAGCUGCACAACAGUGGGAAAACGCCAUCACUGGUGUGGACCAAAGGUUUAAUAGUUUUAGUGAAUUCCGAGAAGCUUUACAUAAGUACUCAAUUGCUCAUGGGUUUGCCUAUAGAUACAAGAAAAAUGAUAGUCAUCGUGUUACUGUCAAAUGCAAGUGUCAAGGUUGUCCAUGGCGGAUAUAUGCAUCAAGGUUGUCAACUACCCAAUUAAUUUGUAUCAAGAAAAUGAACCCAAAUCACACAUGCGAAGGAGCUUCUGUGAGAGUUGGGUAUCGGGCAACUAGAGGUUGGGUGGGAAACAUUAUAAAGGAGAAACUGAAAAUUUCCCCCAAUUACAAGCCAAAGGAAAUUGCAGAUGAUAUUCAAAGAGAAUAUGGGAUUCAACUGAACUAUUCUCAGGCAUGGCGUGCUAAAGAGAUAGCUAGAGAGCAGCUUCAAGGCUCAUAUAAAGAUGCAUAUUCUCUGUUGCCAUACUUCUGUGAGAAGAUAAGGGAGACCAAUCCUGGCAGUAUUGUCACUUUUACCACAAAGGAUGACUCAAGCUUCCAUCGUCUAUUUGUUUCAUUUCAUGCAUCAAUUGCCGGCUUCCAACAAGGUUGUCGCCCACUCCUUUUCCUUGAUAUCACUCCUUUAAACUCAAAAUAUCAAGGGAUGUUGUUGUCUGCAACUGCUGCAGAUGGGGAUGAUGGUAUCUUUCCUGUAGCCUUUGCUGUGGUUGAUGCUGAGACUGAAGAAAACUGGCAUUGGUUCUUACUGGAACUGAAAUCUGCAGUUUCCACCUCUCAACAAAUUACAUUUGUAGCAGAUUUUCAGAGUGGUUUAAAGCAGUCACUGGCUGAGGUAUUUGAUAACUGCUACCACAGCUAUUGUUUACGCCAUCUCGCUGAGAAACUUAAUAGGGAUUUAAAGGGGCAGUUUUCUCAUGAAGCAAGACGAUUCAUGAUUAACGACUUUUAUGCUGCUGCAUAUGCACCAAAACUUGAGGGUUUCCAGUGUUCUGCUGAGAACAUAAAAGGCAUCUCUCCUGAAGCUUACAAUUGGGUGAUACAAAGUGAGCCAGAGCAUUGGGCCAAUGCUUUCUUUCCAGGGGCACGGUAUAACCACCUGACAUCAAACUUUGGACAACAGUUCUACAGUUGGGUUUCAGAGGCACAUGAACUGCCAAUAACACAGAUGAUUGAUGUACUACGAGGUAAGAUGAUGGAAUCAGUUUAUGCACGCCGUGUAGAGUCCAAUGAGUGGAUGACAAGGUUAACACCAUCUAAGGAGGAAAAGUUGCAAAAGGAAACUGCACUUGCACAGUCAUUUCAAGUGUUACUUUCUCAUAGUAGCAUUUUCGAGGUCCGUGGAGAUUCUGUUGAUGUUGUUGACAUUGAUCAUUGGGAUUGUACCUGCAAGGGAUGGCAGUUAACUGGUUUGCCUUGCUGCCACGCUAUUGCUGUAUUUGAAUGCAUUGGUAGGAAUUCCUAUGAUUAUUGCUCUAGAUACUUAACAACCGAGAGUUACCGCCUAACUUAUGCAGAGUCGAUUCACCCUGUUCCAAACAUAGACAGACCACUCCUGAGUGAAUCCAAUCAGGAGAUAGUUACUGUGACGCCGCCCCCAACAAAACGCCCACCAGGGCGACCAAAGAUGAAGCAGGCUGAAUCAGCAGAUAUAAUCAAACGGCAGCUCCAAUGUAGCAAGUGCAAGGGCCUUGGUCACAACAAGAAAACAUGCAAAGAUUCUUAGUACAGAUUGUUAAGACAGUAUUUGGCAUCAAAGACACAUUUCAAUUUGAGCUAUUAGCAACUUAGACACAUGAAGAAAAAACCUGGUGAAGACAUGGUGCUUGGUACCAUCUUCUCUCGUAUAUUUACGGUGUAUGUAGGUUUUUUUUAUUCUAGAUUCAUUCCAUAUAUAAUGGCUAGGGGACCAUUGUAAUAGAUGCAUAUUUUACUAGUCAGAUUUUAUUUAUAUCAGAAUUUGCAUCUUUAUUUUGGUCA